AUUUACCUUGUAUUUACCUUUAACUACCUUCUUCGCUUUUUUAUCAUAAAUAUCGUCUUUUUACUGUCGUUUCAACUCGUUUUCACAUCGAUCGCAUGUUUUUCAUACAAACCUUUCAUCUAAUGAAAACAUUUUUAUAAAAAACAGUGUUUUAACCAUUUUUUGUUUUUGAAAAUUGUUUAAAAACACUUUUGAAGUCACCAGUUUUCAUUUAACCAAAUUAAUUAUUAAUGUUUGCGUUUCUUAUUUAUUAUCUUGUUUUGUUUGACACCUCGUCUGUCUUUGCUUUUUUACCUUUCGUCGCCAAAACCCUGGGCAUGCAGGGAAUCAGUUUAACGGAGAAUGAUAUCGAUCCGUUAACUGGUUCACUGAUGGCCAACAAAUCGCCCGAUUUACUGAGAUUGGAACAAAUGAUGAUUGAGGAAAAAUUAAGCAAAUUAACUUGUGACCAAAUGAAGGGUUUAUCCAAAGGACAAAUGCAACUGUGUCACCUUUAUAAGGAUCAUAUGCCUCACAUUGGUAAAGGAGCUCGACUCGGAAUAACCGAGUGUCAAUGGCAAUUUAAAAACAGUCGUUGGAACUGUUCAAUCGACGAUUCAACCGUUUUCGGAUCAAUUUUAACCAAAGCUUCUCGAGAAGCUGCUUUUGCACAUGCAAUUUCAACGGCUGGAGUUGUCCAUUCAAUUGCUCGAGCUUGCAGGGAUGGACAGUUGCCCAAUUGUGGUUGUUCAAAAGCAUCUCGACCUCGAAAUCUCAAGAAAGACUGGCUUUGGGGUGGCUGUGGUGAUAAUAUUGAUUAUGGAUAUAAAUUUUCCGAAACUUUCAUCGAUCUUAAAGAGAAAGAAAAGUCCAGUUUGAAGUCACUUAAAGAUAAAGGUCGUCGAUUAAUGAAUCUUCAUAACAAUGAAGUUGGACGAAGGGCGGUUAUAAGGAAAACUCGAGUCACGUGUAAAUGUCAUGGAGUCUCUGGAUCGUGUUCAUUGAUAACUUGUUGGCAGCAAUUGUCUUCAUUCAGAGAGGUUGGUGAUUACCUAAAGGACAAGUACGAAAAAUCAACAGAAGUGAAAAUCAAUAAAAGAGGUAAACUUCAGGUCCGCAAUAAACGCCAAAAAUUACCUACAGCGGAGGAUUUGGUCCAUGUUGACAGUUCUCCUGAUUUUUGUAUGGAUAAAGGUGGUACAUUUGGAACCCAGGGAAGAGUUUGUAAUAGAACCUCAAGAGGAUCAGAUGGCUGUGAAUCCAUGUGUUGUGGUCGAGGCUAUGACACACAUACUGCCAUGGUAGAUGAGCGAUGUAGAUGUCGAUUUCAUUGGUGUUGCUAUGUUCAGUGUGAUACUUGCCAAAUUCAGAGAGAAAUACAUACUUGCAAGUGAUAAAGAAAGAAUAAAAGAAAUAAAGGUUGAAAAGGCACAAUUAAUCUUUCUUUUUACGAUAUUGCUCCAUAAACUCUUGUAUUUUGCUCCACAAUUCCCUUGGUUCGUCAACUUUGGGGAUUGAAUAGUUUUGG